GCCUGCCGCGUUCAACUACGGUGCGCCGGUCGUAAUGUUCCCGAUUUGAGUGGCUUUAUGGUUCCCUGUCUGUGCGAUCGUCAGUUGAGUGCUCAGUAGCGUUUUGUAAGCGCAUAAGUCAAGUUGAUUAUUGCUCAGUGCUGACGAAGGUGUAACAAUUCGGGAUAUAUACGAGUACGUGAAAUAUUGAAAGCGCACAGGAACGUACAGGAAGCAUAAGACGAAAGUAGAAGUCAGCAAGAUCGGUGAUCUUGUCUAAUUAAAUAAGUGAUUGUUUAAAUACUCGCAUUUCAAAUUCGUUUAUCAAGUGUUCAAGUGUCUUUUCGAUUGGAAAUUUUACGUUGAUCGUUUAUUUAUUUUCGAGAUUUUAAAUUAUUAAGCCGAUUUGUAAACAAGCUCAGUAUUUAGCGUAAAUCAGUUUCGUUUUCAUUUGAACACGCAGGAAGUGUUCUUAUAAAUAAUAUGUAUGUAACGGCUAUGAUGCAAUGAAAAUAUAAUAAUAAGGAACUUGUUUUGCGGUUACUUUUCUUUCAUAAACCAGAAUCCGGAUCACAUAUCUUGGAAUAUUAUAAUUCAAAGAAUGUACUUCAUAGGCUUAACUUGUUGCUUGUUGCUGUUGGGCGUCCAUUCGCUCCAAGCACAUCGUGCAGCGGCAACUAGAAACUUUACCGUCGACUGGGAUAAUGAUCGUUUUCUGAAGGAUGGCCAACCAUUUCGUUUCAUCGCCGGCUCAUUUCAUUAUUUUCGCGCACAUCCCGACAGUUGGCAACGCAAGUUGCAGACAUUGCGCGCUUCCGGCUUGAAUGCGGUGACCACUUACGUUGAGUGGUCGCUGCAUAAUCCGAAAGAUGGCACAUACGUGUGGAAUGGCAUUGCCGAUUUGGAGCGCUUCAUCAAAUUGGCCGAUGAGUUGGGUUUGCUGGUGAUACUACGUCCGGGACCUUAUAUUUGUGCUGAACGAGAUUUUGGCGGCUUCCCUUACUGGCUACUCACAAAGUAUCCAAAUAUAAAAUUGCGCACAUCGGAUGUCAACUACUUGUUUGAGGUGCGCACAUGGUACAACGUACUCUUUAAUAAACUUAAGUCAUAUCUCUAUGGAAAUGGCGGUCCAAUUAUUAUGGUGCAAGUGGAAAAUGAGUAUGGUUCCUAUUACGCCUGUGAUAAGAAAUACCGCACUUGGCUGCGUGACGAAACACUGGUGCAUGUGCAAAACAAUGCCGUGCUCUUCACAAAUGAUGGCCCGAGCGUAUUGGGUUGUGGGCAUAUAGAAGGUGUGCUGGCGACCAUGGACUUUGGUGCGACCAAUCAGAUAAGUAAUUAUUGGGAACGAUUGCGCCGGAUACAACCGAAGGGACCGCUGGUCAAUGCUGAAUUCUAUCCCGGUUGGCUGACACAUUGGUCGGAGCCAAUGGCGCGUGUACGUACCGAGGCGAUUUCAAAAUCAUUCAUCGAGAUGCUGGAUGUUGGUGCCAGUGUCAACUUUUAUAUGAUGUUUGGCGGCACAAACUUUGGCUUCACCGCAGGCGCUAAUGACGGUGGUCCCGGUCGUUUUCAACCCGAUAUCACAUCAUAUGAUUAUGAUGCGCCGAUGAGCGAGGCUGGUGAUGCCACGGAAAAAUUUCAUAAAUUACGUGAAAUUAUUGGACGUUAUCUACCGCUUCCCAAUAUACCGAUACCAGCGCCAACCACAAAGAAAAACUACGGUACGAUACGUUUGAAUGCCUGCUGUUCGAUGAUUUCGGCAAAGGGUCGUGAAAUACUCUCGACAGGUGUUGUUUUCGACGCAAAACCAAAAACUUUCGAAGCGCUCGAUCAGUACUCAGGUUUUGUGCUCUAUGAAACUUUGCUACCCAAAUUCAAACGCGACCCCAGCAUUUUACGCGCUAGUGGCGUACACGAUCGCGCCUAUGUGUUUAUCGACGAUCAACUGGUAGGCAUACUCUCACGCGAGACACCCAUCUAUGAGCUGCCUCUCAGUCCAACUUAUGGCAAGCGCUUGCAAUUGUUAGUGGAGAAUCAGGGACGCAUCAAUUUUGGUCCAGUAACAGAUUUUAAGGGUAUCACUAGUAAUGUGGUGCUUGAUAAAGAUGUGCUGACCAAUUGGACUAUGACUAAGUAUCCACUGGAAUCUAUUGAAGAUAUCGAAACGCUGAUAGCGCUAGUAAAUGCUGAUGACGUCAAUAUUAUACGUCGCUUCCACGAAGAGAAAGGCGGUAGCAUCUUAAGUAGCGGUCCAACUAUUUACUAUGGUCAAUUAACGAUUCCAGAAGGACAGUUAGCAGACACGUACUUAGAUACAAAAGGUUGGGGUAAGGGUCUGGUCUUUGUCAAUGGUGAAAACUUGGGUCGCUAUUGGCCGGUGGCAGGUCCACAGGUCACUCUCUAUGUGCCCCAGGAAGUACUUAAGAGUGGCGAUAAUCGUAUUGUGGUCAUCGAGUAUCAACGCGCUGGUCCCGCAAAUGAGAUUACCUUCACUGACACACCCAAUUUGGAUGGUCAUUAAAUUGUUAAUCAAAACGUAAAGUGGUGAAUGUGUUUCCUUUAACUAUAUUAGUACAUUAUAUAACUGUGUUUUUAAUUGAUGACAAUAAAGGAUUUUAUAAGAGGA